AUGCGUGGCUUUGCUAUCGUCGCUUCCGCGUUGUGCGCUACCUACGUUUCCGCGCAAGGAGCUACUUGCUUCGAUGACCUCGACUGCGCUCUCUCGGGCCAGGCAAAUGCCAAGUGUGUGAGAGCACAGGCUGGUGGGAUCCUAGGAAGCUGUGCAAACAAUGCUGCCACAGUAGCAGGAAAGACAACUGGCGCCGCGGCACCGGGGAAAGCCAAUGCGGCUAGCGAGAGGAAAGGUUCGAUACUGGAAGCUAGGCAAGCUGCCGCUGCGUCGGCUGCAUCACCCGCGGCGAACCCUAUCGCCGCUGUCCUUGGCACAGCUGCUGGAGUUCUUAAGGGCAAGGGCGCUCAACCUGCCGGUGCCGCGGCUCCUGCUGGCUCUCAAGCCGCAGAUCCCAUCGGCGCUGUCCUUGGCACUGCUGCUGGAGUUCUCAAAGGCAAAGGGGCACAGCCAGCUGCUGGAGCUGCCGCUGGACAGCAGGCCAACCCGCUGAAUACUGUUCUGGGCGCCGCCGCUGGUGUUCUCAAAGGAAAGGGAGGUGCUCAACCUGCUGCCGCUGCUCCAGCUGCUGGAAAGCCCGCCGCUCCUCCUGCCGCCGCUCCUCCUGCCGCCGCUCCUCCUGCCGCCCCAGCGGCUGGAAAGCCCGCCGCUCCUCCUGCCGCUGCUCCGCCUCCUCCUGCUGCUGCUCCUCCUGUUGCCGCUGCUCCAGCUGCUGGAAAGCCCGCUGCUCCUCCUGCCGCUGCUCCUCCUGCUGCCCCAGCGGCUGGAAAGCCCGCUCCUCCUCCUCCUGCCGCCGCCCCUACAGCAGCUGGCAAGCCCGCUUCACCCCCAGCUGCAGGCCCGGUAGGUGGACGGCCAGUGCCUGCUUCACCCAGUAAGCGGGCUCGUCGCGUUCGUUUUUAA